CGAUCGGCGAAAAUCAGCAAGUGGCAAUCAAGCUGAUGUCGGGCGAACUUACUCCGGCCAAGCGCCGCAUGUUCAUUACCGAGGUGAACGCGCUGACCAGACUCCAUCACGCCAACCUCGUGCAAUUGAUUGGAUACUGCGACGAGGGAAAUCGUUCCAUCUUGGUCUACCCCUACUUCCCAGGCGGCAGUCUGUACGCUCGCCUUCACAAAAGAGAGACAGCUGUGCCCGGUAGACCCCUUCUCCCGCCUCUGACGCUGAUGGAGCGAUUGUGCAUCGCCUUGCAGAUCGCCAAGGGGUUGGCCUACCUUCACGACGGUGCCGACCCCCCGAUCAUCCACCGGGACAUCAAGAGCAGCAACGUGCUUCUUGGCGAUGGCGCCGGGAAGAAGCUGCGGGUCGUUGUCGCGGACUUCGGCCUGGCAACCAUCGGAGAGAGAGUGUUCGGGACAGAGCACGAGACGAUGGUGAAGACAUCGCACAUGGCGGGAACUUUCGGGUACAUGGCGCCAGAGUACAUGCGAUCAGGGAUUUUGUCGGAGAAGAUAGACGUGUACGCCUUCGGCGUGAUCCUGCUGGAGCUGCUGACGGGGAGGAACGCGGUGUCCCCAAAUCCGUCGGGGAUGGGUUGGCAGACGCUUGCGGACUGGGCGAAACCUCUCCUCGAAAGUGCCGACGGUGUUAAAGCAGGGAUGACCCUGACCCUGUCCGAGAUUCUGGACCCUUGCUUGCGGAAUGAGGAGGUGGGACUCACAUUCGAUCGCGUGACGGCGGAGACGUUGCGCUUGGCAAGCAAAUGCGUCGUAGAGGAGCACGAUUCACGGCCGAAGAUGAGCUUGUUAGCCACGACGAUCGACGGUCUGAUUAACGAUGCGAAAAUAGAUCGCCAAGGGGUUGGCCUACCUUCACGACGGUGCCGACCCCCGAUCAUCCACCGGGACAUCAAGAGCAGCAACGUGCUUCUUGGCGAUGGCGCCGGGAAGAAGUUGCGGGUCGUUGUAGCGGACUUCGGUCUGGCAACCAUCGGAGAGAGGGUGUUCGGGACAGAGCACGAGACCGUGGUAAAGACCUCGCACAUGGCGGGAACAAUCGGGUACAUGGCGCUCGAGUACAUUCGGUCCGGGAUUCUGUCGGAGAAGAUAGACGUGUACGCUUUCGGCGUGAUCCUGCUGGAGCUGCUGACGGGGAGAAAGGCGGUGUCGCCUGCAGCCUCUGGCGUGGGUUGGCUGAUGCUUGUGGAUUGGGCGAAACCUCUCCUCGAAAAUGCCGAUGGGGGUACAGAAGCGAUGAUGCUGUCCGAGAUCCUGGACCCUUGCUUGCGGGAUCAAGCGGACGAACCGUCAUUCAAUCGCGUGGUGAUUGAGACGUUGCGCUUGACGGCAGAAUGCGUCGUUGAGGACUAUGAAUCCAGGCCUAAAAUGAGCUUAUUAGCCGCCCAGAUUAACAGUCUGCUCAACGAAGCAAAAGCCAAGGGAUGAUGCUUAAGACCUAUGGACGGGGGAGGACAGAGGAAGCUACAGUCUUCCCCCGAAUACAACGUACGGUCAUUAUAACUGAAUUUAGACGG